AUGCAGUGCGGCGCCUCUGAUGAGCCACAUGCACCGGCCAGACAGCCGCUUGGCCCACUCAUGAAUGAUGCGGCGCCCUCACCUGCUUUGAAACGCCUUUCAGUCCCGCCUGCCUCGCUGCCAUCGCCCUCAUACGUACGCCUGAACGGUCGGCUCCUCAGUACGCAAGGACCUGGGUACUGCAAGUUGUUGGGGGUGUUCGUUGUUGCGGUGACUUGGGAGGCGAGGAAAAUGGUUGUCAAGUACGGACCGAGGGUCGCGCGUGAGGAAGGAGAGGUGAUGCGUCUCGUCGCGCAACAGACUAGGAUCCCUGUACCCAAGCUUCUCGGCAUGUCGGACGACGCUGGCGAGACCUUCAUCUACCAAGAGUACGUUGAGGGCAACACACUCGAUGACGCAUGGGACACCCUAUCUUCCGCCGACAUCAACCACAUCAAGUCCGACUUUACUUUCAUCCUUUCGGAACUCGCCUCCCUUCCUGCACCUCCCGGCGUCCGACUCGGCGCCUGCGACAACAAAGCUUCGCGCCGACUUGGCGGUCCGUUUCAAGCGGUCCUCACGCAGAAGCCGGAGCCGGCCUUGUACGAUGUCGACGACCUCAAAAAGUGGAUCCGCUUCGAGAUUGGGCGACGAAGCAAGGCCUGCGCGCGGUAUUCAGCGCCGCCAAACGUUGAAGACUGUCUCGUACAAGGCGGCGUCGGGCUCGUCCAUGCAGAUUUGCACGGCGGCAACAUCAUCGUCAAGGACGGCCGCAUCACCGCCAUCAUCGACGGGGCCUCGCAGGAUGGCUUCCCCGAGCGGUCGAGCCACAAGGUGACUCGCGCGAAUUUUCGCCUUUUGAGCAAGAUGCUUUCCGUCGACACCGAUGUUCCACCGACACUCGACGAUUAUUGA